AUGAGCUACUCGUGCAGCUAUUACAGAGGCCUGGGCUGUGGCCAUGGAGGCUUCAGCGGCCUGAGCUAUGGCUGUGACUGUGGAUGUGACAGGUUCCACAGACUGGGCUAUGGCUCAGGCUAUGGAGGCUACGGAUAUGGCUUCUACUGCCCAUCUUUUUACGGAGGAUAUGGAUUCUCCAGCUUCUACUAA